CGAUGAGAUGGCAACCACAACCAUAACCACCACCAAACAUGCAUCGGAUACGUGAGAUGUGUUCACUUCUUCGCCGGGCACCAUAGUCUUCUUCUUGCUCCAAAAGCGUUGUUCAACAUGUUCUCGCAAAGACCCGAUAGUCGAUUUCAAAGUCGGCAGGCACGCGUGUUCGAUUCCGUGUUUGGGCCUGUCGAUAUCUCGCAACCAACGCCCGUCGCAACGCCAGCGAACGCGUUCGCAACGUCAGACCAGAAAUGGGGGGUCCUUCCUGAAACUGAAAAAAUCGCCCUUCGUCGGAGCGCCAAAUUAUUCACUGAUCACAUUGACCCUCAGCCAUCCAAUGUUCGAGGUACCGCCGACGCCGCCGCCAAAGACGAGGGCGAGUCACCACAUGCCCGUGAUCAGGUGCGAUGGGAUCGGUCAUGGCAUUGUGUCACGCAUGCUUUGGUGCUGGCUCCAAUCUCAUAUCGCCAGGUCCAUGCUCUCCGAGAGGUAUUGCGGCCGACUAAAGAAAUGCUCGAUGCUUCUUUCUAUGAGGCCUUGGAAGAUGUUGUUGACCCCGCCUCAAGGGUGCCGUAUGCUAACCAUACUGACAACAUCAUUGUAUGGCAUACGCACCAGGUUCGAUCUCAUUUCUUGAACCAAGUCCUCCCAGCCAUCGUUCGUUUGGUAAAGCGCAGAGAUGUUGCUGAAAACCUGAUAACUGGCUGCAUUGAAAUCCUGCAAACGGCGCACCAUCAGUAUUUCCAUGGCCUCACUCUUAUCGCAGCAGAGAUGGAUAAGUCAGUGCCCAAUCUGUCGCUGCCGUCGAUAUCUCAAUUCAAAAGAGACCUCCAUGCUGUUAUUGGCCAUUCUGCCAUGGAACCAAUUUCUAUCGUUUUGAAGACGGUCUUGGAAAAGCGUGUUUCUAUAAUUCUUGGCUUGCCCCAAAGCAACCACGGAGAAGUUGGCAUACAGCCAGAGGGUCCAGCUUCCGAGGCAGCGCGGCAGCAGAUUCUUGCUCUUGUUGGUUCUUUGAAAGAGGUUGGUCUAGCUGGAGAGGAACUUCAAGUUAUUUUUGCAGAAAUUAUGAAUAGGUCGAUGACCGAAUAUAUUAGCAAAGGCUUCAAGGGACGAUGGUCCCACAACGAUAGUGAAGACCUCUCAAGCACCAACACUGGAAAUGGAAAGUCUAUUCUACCUAGGGCUGCUCACCUUUCAUCACCAUCUCGAUGUACCCAAGACCUAUGCGAAUGGAUUGAAAACCGCUAUGCCAAACUUGCUGUCCAGAUAAUCAAUAUCAUCGACGUUGACACAAGUGUUACUUGGGCUAACAAGGAGAAGUACAAGGAGAUGGGUAUCGGCCAUCUGGCUGAACUCCGCAUCAGUGAGCUCUUUGAUAUCGUUGUAAAUUGGCCCAACAGCAAUGGUGCUCUAGAUGACCUCAGAACUUCUAUCACUACCCCUCAGAGGCGGCUGCACCUCACAGAGGCAUUCUCAAAAACCUUGAGUGAGAAACUCUUGCAUCCUGGAGCUUCUACAUUGCAAAUAUUACGAACAUAUAUAGCAAUGAUAUGGUCGUUUCAUUCUCUUGACCAUUCCAAGGUACUUCUGGAUCGCGUUGCAUACCCUCUUCAGCUGUAUCUAUGUUCAAGAGAAGACACCGUUCGGAUAAUAAUUACAGGGAUGCUUGCAGCUACGGAAACAGAUUCAGACUUUGGAGCAGGACCUGAGAAACUUGUAGAGCUUGCUCAACUCCUCAACAAAGAGGGUCAACCUGAAACCCAAGCAAAUGAUGAAGAAUUAGAUUGGGAUGACCUAGAAUGGGUCCCUGAUCCGGUUGAUGCGGGUCCAGGAUACAAACGAUCCAAAGAAGCAGAUAUCAUCGGAACCUUGAUCGGAGCGCUUGGAUCGCAAGACGUAUUUAUCAAAGAGUUCCAAAAUAUAAUCGGAGAGCAUCUUCUGAGGAACGAUGGUGCAUUUGAGAAAGAGGUUGGUCAUCUUUUCCCUCUUUUUCACUGAGAAAUUAACGAUUUGUAGAUCAAAGUUCUAGAGCUUCUUAAAACUCGAUUCGGUGAAGCCCCAUUGCAAGCCUGCGAAGUGAUGUUGAAAGAUAUACAAGAUUCGGCCCGCGUCAACUCCGUAAUCAGGAGAGCCGAGGCGCUUGAUCCCUCGCCUGCGGAGAUUGAAGCUGCUCGUGCUAAUCCGCAGAUGCUCGACGAAGACGUUGAUCCAGAAGGACUUCUUAAGCCAUCGCUGCACGCCAAAAUAUUGUCUCGUUUGUUUUGGCCUCAGCUUCAAGACGACACUUAUCUUGUUCCCGCGGUGAUUGCUGAGCUACAAGAAGCAUACGCAGCUGGAUUUGAAACCCUCAAGUCAUCGAGAAAACUCACUUGGUUACACACUCUUGGACAAGCUAAAGUCGAGUUGGAACUCGAGGACCGAAAGAUCGUGGAGGAAGUACACACCUUCCAAGCAACAGUAAUCCACGCCUUCGGUGAUCCAGCCGAAUUAGAGCCAGUUUCCCGCACCGUAGAACAAUUAGUCGACGCCCUCGAAAUGGAAGAACCGCUUGUUCGAUCCGCCAUCCACUUCUGGGUCUCCAAACUAGUCCUCCAGGAAACGGCGCCAUCGACUUACACCGUCCUCGAAACUCUCAACUCCAGUGAUCGUGCGCUCUCCAAUGCCCUUGCAUCUGCUCCACAUGCGAACCACGAGGAAGUCAUCGAGACGACAAAUGAGGGCGUGGCGAAUGAGAAGAUGCAGAUGUAUUGGCAGUUCAUCCAGGGCAUGUUGAAGAACUCGUCGUCGCAAAUGCCGUUGCAGCAGAUUGCUAUGAUGUUGAAGAUGCUGAUUGCGGAUGGCUUUCCUUGUAGUAAUGAGGAGCUGCAGGAGUUUUUGGGGGGAAAGGUCGCGGAGGGGGAGUUGGAGUUGAAUGGGGGGAAGUAUCGGUUGAGGAAGUGA